CCUGGGAGCGCCGAACGUGGAGCGGCGGCGGUCGAGACAUGACCUCGCGCAGGUGGUUUCACCCCAACAUCAGUGGGAUUGAAGCAGAGAAGCUGCUCCUCUCCAGGGGCCAGCACGGGAGCUUCCUGGCUAGACCCAGCAAGAGCAGCCCCGGGGGCUUCACGCUGUCUGUCAGGCGCCAUGAGGAGGUGACCCACAUCAAGAUCCAGAAUACUGGUGACUACUACGAUCUGUACGGAGGGGAGAAGUUUGCAACGCUGGCUGAGCUGGUGCAGCACUACACAGGCCAGCGUGGGGGGCUGCUCCGAGAGCGCAGUGGGGCUCCUGUUGAGCUCCGGCACCCACUGGGCUGCCAGGACCCCACAUCAGAGCGGUGGUACCAUGGGCACCUAUCAGGCAAGGAGGCAGAGAAGCUGCUGAUGGAGAAGGGGCGUCUGGGCAGCUUCCUGGUGCGAGAGAGUCAGAGCAAACCUGGGGACUUUGUGCUGUCAGCGCUGACUCAGGAGCCCAACAAGGCACAGGGCACAGACCACCGGCCUCGGCCCACGCACAUCAUGAUCCGCUUCCAGCCAGAUGGGAAGUAUGACGUGGGAGGUGGGGAGCGGUUCGACACUCUCAGAGACCUGGUUGAGCACUACAAGAAGAACCCCAUGGUGGAGAAGUCGGGGGCCGUUGUACACCUCAAACAGCCUCUCAAGGCCACGAGGAUUAACGCUGACAGCAUUGAAAGCCGCGUGCAGGAGCUCGCCCAGGCUGCGGACACCAGCGGAAAAGCCACACAGGGCUUCUGGGAGGAGUUUGAGGUGCCUUCUGCCUGCUGCCACCCUCACACUCAGACCUCUGGGGCACGAGCCCAAGAGGAGUCAGAGAGGGGGAGGAAUCGCUACAAGAACAUCCUUCCCUUUGAUACCACUCGUGUUGUCCUGCAUGACGUAGACCACGGCACGCCUGGAGCAGACUACAUCAAUGCCAAUUACAUCAGGAGUGACCCAGAAGAGAAGCCAGGCCAUGGACUGGGCAAGGUGUACAUCGCCACACAGGGCUGCCUGCAGACCACGGUGGCUGCCUUCUGGGCUAUGGUGCACCAGGAGAACACUUGUGUCAUUGUCAUGACCACCAAGGAGGUGGAAAGAGGCCGGAACAAGUGUUUCCGGUACUGGCCCGAGCUGUACAGCAGCCAAGAGUACGGCCAGGUGCACGUGAGCAACAUAGCUGAGCACCAGGCCCAGGGCUACUGCGUGCGGGAGCUGCAGGUGUGGCGGCCAGACCAGGUGGAACCGCCGCGCACCGUAAAGCACUACCAGUACUUCAGCUGGCCGGACCAUGGGGUUCCGGCCGAGCACGCCGGCGUCCUCGGCUUCCGACGACUGGACGAGGUAAACCGGACCCAGAGCAGCGUCCCAGGGGCAGGGCCCAUGGUGGUUCACUGCAGCGCUGGCAUCGGACGCACCGGUACCAUCAUCGUGAUCGACAUCCUGGUGGACGUCAUACGCAAGCAGGGGCUAAACUGCGACAUCGACAUCCCCAAAACAAUCCAGAUGGUGAGGCGGCAGCGCUCGGGAAUGGUACAGACUGAGGCUCAGUACAAGUUCGUGUACUUGGCGCUGCAGCGGUACAUCCAGAGCGAGCAGCUGCGCCUGCGCGAGCAGCGCGAGCCUCCCGAAGAGCGCGAGUAUCUGAACGUGGGCCCUGCACCUGCCAACCCCAGCAGCAGCCCCAGACUCCAGCAGUCCCGGCCUGCGGCAACCCAGGAGAUCUCUGGCGGCGUGUACGAGAACCUGCUGACCCUCCGGCGGUGAGGAGCCCCGAGGUGCGUGGGGCCUCGCGGCCCUGCAGGCGACCCCCAACCCACCAUCCUGUCUGUGCCCUGGCUGGAGUCGGGCGCUUUGAUAGGGCUGGUCCUCGUGUUCCUCGAAGGAACUGUGUUUAGAACAAUACAGAGUGGAGCAUGCCCCCAGGCACUCAGGAAAGUGGUUCUGCAGUCUGCCCCUAACUGCCUAGGCACCCAGAAAUGGGCAGUGGCAGUUGAGAGAUCCCUCUGGCGGCAGGCUGUGACUUGUCGUGUGAAAGAUCACAUUCUGUCCCUCAGUGUGCGUCCCUAUGUGUGAUAAGCGUGACCAAGAACAUAGCAAUGAGCAACAUAGUGCUGUCUGCCUGACCUGACUACAGCCACUGAGAUCUGUGCCCAGCCACCAUGUCCUGCUUUCUGCCCUUCACAUCAGGGUGGUCUGGGAGGUGACCCAGGCCAUGACUGCCCCAUGGCGGUCACAUGGUGAACAAAUGCUUGUUGAAUGAAGUGUGACAUGCUCGGGUGCAGCCUCACAGGCCUGGCUCUGCUGGCACCAAGGGUGUGGCUUCACGUGUUCAUGACAGUGUAUGACUGGGUGCAGUGUCACUGGCCUGUGGUCUUUGGUAGCAAACCACACCCCCAUCGUGGAAUGGCCCGUGGUUUUAUUGUGUCUUCAGUAAAAU